GCAAAAGUGACUGCCGUACGCAUCUCAACCAGGCCACCCAGGUACACCCGACCGGAACUCCCCUGGACAUCACCUACUCCAGUGUUCACCGACCCAAGCGACGACAAACAGGCCACAGGCAUUCCCGCAUUCUUCUUGUGACGUGUGGCUGUGCAAUUAAACCGCCAAAAUAAAGCUCAAAAUGGACGGAUCCUCGGUGAGCCCCCUUCCCUGUGAGGCUCCGCUAGCGAUGAUGGAGAGUGAGAAAACACCGCCGAGAAGUCCCAGCCAGCACGAUAUGCCGCCACCGCCGGACGAAAAGAGAUAUGACGACGACGAUGAUCGCGUCUGGAACUGUGGUGCAUGGUUCGAGUACAUACUGGUCGUGGUCGUCUCAUCGAUUCUGCUGAUUGCCGCCUCGGUGCUGACCAUCUUCUGGACGAUCUACUACCGGAAGGGCUUCAACAUGGACGACCCGAAGCUGCAGUUCAAUCUCCAUCCCGUGCUCAUGAUCGGUGGAUACGUCACACUGUCCGGAUUCUCCAUUCUACUGUACCGGAUCUGUCGAUGCUGUUCGCAUCUGAUCGUGAAGCUGUGCCAUACCUUCUUCCAUGCCUGCUCGAUUCCCUGCAUAGUGAUCGGCUUCAUGGCCGUAUGGGACUCGCACAACCAGCAGCAGAUUCCGAACUUCUACUCGCUGCACUCCUGGCUCGGCAUGAUCACAAUGGGACUGUUUGCGCUGCAGUUUGUGCUGGGAUUCUUCAGCUUCCUCAUUCUGCUGUGCUGCGAGAACGCAACGUACAAGUUCCGUUCGACCAUGGUACCCAUCCAUGCUAGCUUCGGUGUGGCCACGUUCAUGCUCGCUAUCGCUACCGCCGUUACCGGUUUGACUCAGAAGGCUCACUUUGAACUUGGUGAAAAUUACUCACAAACCAUCGAGGAGGGCAUCAUCAUGAACUCGAUCGGUGUCAUUCUGACCGGGCUAGGCAUCAUCAUUCCGUUCGCGGUGCGUCGCUCAAACUCGCCAGCCAACUGCAAGGUGUACGUUACGGAACGUAUCUAAGCGGAAGCAAUUUUUUCACCCCAAAAGCUCAAACAUACAAUGUCAAGUAGUGCUCAAGCGCUCUGCAAAACUGCUAAACGAAAAAGGGGGCCCCAAAACAAUCGAUAUUUGUGACGCCAAAAAAACGAUGAUUUUUCGAUGAUGGACAUCACGCUGCAUGUUGGUAGUCAAGCAUAAAACAAAAAACAAAAAAACAAAGCGCACAACAACUGGCCAACGGGCUGCAAUCGUCGCUUAUUUAAUGGAUCGGUAUAGUUAAUGCCAACGUAUUUUACACAAAAACCGUUUAGUUUACGAUCGUGCAAUGCGGUACAAUGCGAUUUGUUGUAUUAUCAAUCAUUCCCCUUACGCCCGCGCGUGUAAAGUGCACGAAAAGCAAAGCAAAAGUUAAGCUGUUUUUAUUUCUAACGUGUUUCUUCCUUCCGAUAGUUUAUUUGCCGUUGUUAAAGCAAGGGCGCAAAGUGGCGAUGUGGGUGGAAAUUUGUUGUUCAAUGUUAUUUAUUGCAAUAUCUCUAAUGGUGCGUUUAUCUCUAAUCUACAAACGGGAGUGAAAUGUUUUUGGAAUGCGUUUUGAACUUUUCUCAUUAUAUUAAUCGAUUGAUCGAGAAUUUAAGAAAACAAAAACCCAAAACCCCCCUCUUAGUGACGUAAAAAUCAGCCAUCGGUAAAAAAAUUAAAAUUUUUUUAAAUCGCGGUACCAAAAUGGGGGGGGAGGACGAAAAAAUAUAAUAAACCAACACAAAAUGCAUCGGUACGAAUCAAAACAGCAAAUCAGUGGCGGUCGAAUCAGCAGCAGCAACAGCAUUGAAUUAUACCUUUUAACCACUAAUAUUGAUACAAUUUCUCCAGACAAAAAACAAACCAUAUUCGUCAGCUAAGUAGUGAAACAAACUCACAAGUAGACGAUUGAACGCAUAGCAAAGAUAUAGACAGUGAAAAAGGGCGGAAAAAGAAAUGAUAGCAAGUAAGGUAAAUGAAUCAACAGAAAAAAAAAUAAACACACAAAAUCCCACGUAAAGAAAAUGUUAGUGCCAAUGGUGUAGCGCUGUAGGAUGAAGAUCGGUGAGUGAUCGCCAUCACUCCAAGCGCUUUGUUAGGUGAACAUUUCACCGCCAAGAUUUGGUUGGUUUUUUAAGUAUGCUGCGAGUUUUUGCGUUCGCUCUUUAUCGCAUUAUUGCUCACCACAACAACCCCCGCAACUGCAGUAUAAUGGAACGAUUGCUCAUUUAACGAAAGGAACGGAAUUGAACUUUACUAUUUAUCGACAUAAAAACAAAAACGAAUCAAUCAAAAACGAACCAUCGGGAUUUCAACAAAUAGCGAAACGAAGAAAAAAAACAUACACGGAAGCAUAGUUUAGGUAAAUUUAAUCAUCCAUCUCAUCCCUUUCCAUUCACGUAUUCCAAUCUUACGGCAAUGGUACGGUAGGUAUACAGAAGCGCAGCUCGAUUUUAAGAUGACCAUUGAAGUAAAUACGAACAAGAAAAACAAACAAAAAAAAAACACAAAUGAAAAAUCAUAUGCAUAUAUUUAAUGAAAAAUGUGUGUUCAAACAAACUAACGUAUUAACUAUUUAAAGCAACAAAACAAACGGACGAAAGUAACGUAAUUGAUUGUUCAACGUAAUGGUGUGUGUGUGUGUGGGCGAUAGAGAGAGAGAUUGCGAUCCACAUGAAGGCGCCAAAAGGGCGUACAAGAAUGGGCCAAACCAGGAUUGCCCUAAUGGGCGCGUCGUGUAAGGAAAAAGAAAAACCCACCAAGUUUUUUGCGAAACAUCUUCUCUUUGCAUAAAGGGGCUCGGAACAUACAAAAGGGCAACCGAAAACCCCCCCGUAGCUUACAUUACACUACAUUCAAAGAGAUAAGGAACAAAACAAAACAACAAAAAAAAACACAAUUAUAUAGCGACAAAAAUACAGCUAGUGAGCGAUGUAAUCUCCUCCAAUCCUUUAAAUCGUAUUUACGUAGUUUAAACAAAACCAAAAAAAAAACGAACCCUUCUUCGACAAAACAAAACAAACAAAAGCGUACAUUUUCGUCCCCAAAAACCAGCGAACCCGGGUCGAAGAAGCUGUGGUGUAUUGUUGUACUUGAACGACAUCGAAACGUUUGUUAGUUAUGCGUUACGCCGUUACGUUACGUUUAUGGACCUUUACGUUCCGCAUCCUAAGCCAUAUCCCGGAUCGUUGCACGGUUGCGCUGCGUAAACGAAAUGGCGGAUGGCAGACCAAACAAAUCCACUUUUACUACUACGAUUACUACUACCACCACUACCCAUUACUUACAAACUUACGCAUCAGUCGUAACAAAUAAAAUAUGAGAAUUUACAAACAAACAAACAAAAAAAACGGACGUAUGCCGGCACUAUGCUGCAACA